AUGGUGCAUGGAGGUACUUAUAGAGGCACGGAGGAGGGGCACCGCCGGAUAAGGCAAGAGGAGGUGAUGAGCGACUCGAAUCCGAAGCCAGCGACGUUUGUCCUGCCAGGGCCCGUCGCCGUCACCGUCAUCCCGCUCGCUCUCUUGCACGCCUCUUUCAUUUCCCGGCACCCGCUUUCUUCCAUCCUCUCCUCUUCGCUCACCCACACCCCCGACGUCCUCCUCGUCGCCUCCGCCGCCCCCCGCGGCUCCACCUCUUCAUAUCUCCGUCUCCCCGUCGCCGCAACGUUCGCGCAAGAAGCCGUUACGAUCCGUCGUUUCCCAACUCCGACAACACCCUUCCUCUUCGAUGCUCACACUCUCCUUUACAGGGAAUCUCCAGCGCGCCCCGCUGGCCACAUCGAUGCCAUCAUCUUUCCCUUACUGCUCGGUACACGUAAAUGUCGUGUAACUCCCCCACGAGUCGACGUUUAUAUCCUUUCGUCUCAUUGGCACCCGGCGCAGGGGCUUACUCUCUCCCCUCUCGAACGUCUUGCUGUGCCCGGGUACCUCUUCCGUUGCGCAUAUCUCGGAACGUAA